AUGGAUGCCUGGUCAAGCAUCACCAGGCACGUGGUGAAUGUUCAUGUGGGCCACCCUGGGGUCUACACCAAGUCUCUCCACGAGCCGAUCGAGGAUGGCGAAUGGUUGACUCCAGAUACACCUGCACAUGUCAGAUUUGUCGACGUGGUCACAACCAAGUCCUUGCUGAAGGACCUGCGCCAGCUGUCCCCGGACAGCCAGACGUAUGCUUUGGAGUCCUUCCACUCGGUCGUCAAUGGCUUCGCACCCAAGUGGGCCGCAUUUCACCCGAAAGGCAUGCCUGCCAGGACCCGUGUAGCAGCGCUGCACUACAACGAGAAUGGCAGCAGGGAGCAGGCCAUCACCCAAGCAGGCGAGAUGAAGUGGAAGCUCAAGUCGCCCAAGGCCAGAAAAGGGCACCACACUGCUCAUCCAGAGAAGACCCAAGCCACAUAUGGCUAUGUCGCAAAACUCCUUGCUCAAGCUCUGACGGUUUGUGAGGAGAUGGGG